AACGUUAAGGCUGAGCAUGAUAUUCUCCUCUGGAAUCAACGGUCUCGCGCGUUAAAUUCGGUUAUAUGAGAAAAGACUGAUUUGUGCACUAAACACAGAGUUUAAGUAAUUAUUAAAUUGAGGAAAAUAACCCGCGGCCUAGUGCAGCGCUGCCCCUCGCGCGACUGACAGUGUCACGCAGCGCCGCGCGCCGGUACUGAUGAAUGGCGUGCGGGAGCACGGGACAUCAUGGCACGCGCUGUUUUCGCUGCGCGCGGAAGCCGUUUCCUGCUAGUUUUUGCAAAAUUUUAUCUACGAUUAAUGGGCAGUAUCUGCGGAGUAUGAUUCCGCGUUUGCAGCCCGCGAGUGUGAAAUCGGAGCAGUGUGCUGUGGGAACUCCGAAGAGUUUUCUCAUCGACGACCAUGCUUUUUAAAGUGACCCUCGUUCCGAUUUUCUUUUGGGGUACAGACAGUAAAGAGUGGGUUACUGGCAAUUUCAUUGUUCACGAACUGAUUGAAGUAUUUGGGGGCACCUGCUGUUCAGCCUCCUGAGAAAUUACCCGCAUAGGAGGGCUUUGGCUCUCUCUUUUUCCCAGAACCUGGUAACAUGGCAAAGGAUGCUGGUCUCAUUGAAGCCAAUGGAGAACUGAAGGUUUUCAUUGACCAGAAUCUGAGUCCAAGCAAAGGGGUCUUGUCUCUGGUCACCGUCCAUCCUGCUGUCACACUGGGCAAGCAGUUACUGCCCAAAACCCUGGGUCCUUCCAAUGUCAACAUAGCUCCUCACAUGGUGAUCAGCACUCCCCAGCGGCCCAGCGGCUCCAGCACUGUCCUGGUGGGCAGCCCUCACACUCCCAGUGCCCAGUUCCUUCAGAACCAGCAGGCCGAUACCUCACCCUGGUCCACUGGAAAACGCAGUAAGAAGGGUGAAAAGAAUGGCAAGGGCCUGCGGCACUUCUCCAUGAAGGUCUGCGAGAAGGUGCAGAGGAAGGGCGUCACUACCUACAAUGAAGUCGCUGACGAACUGGUGGCAGAGUUCAGCUCCGUUGACAACCACAUUUCCCCCAAUGACUCGCAUGUAUAUGACCAGAAGAACAUUCGUCGACGUGUCUAUGAUGCCCUCAACGUACUGAUGGCCAUGAACAUCAUCUCAAAGGAGAAGAAGGAGAUCAAAUGGAUUGGCCUCCCCACCAAUUCAGCACAGGAGUGCCAAAACCUAGAGCUGGAACGGCAACGGCGACUUGAAAGAAUAAAGCAGAAACAGUCACAGCUGCAGGAGCUUAUCUUACAGCAAAUCGCUUUUAAGAACUUGGUGCAGCGGAAUCGGCAGGCAGAGAACCAGUCUAACAGGCCCCCAGCUGCCAACUCUGUCAUUCACCUGCCUUUCAUCAUUGUCAACACCAGCAAGAAGACAGUCAUUGACUGUAGCAUCUCCAAUGACAAGUUUGAGUACCUUUUUAACUUUGACAACAUGUUCGAGAUCCACGACGACAUCGAGGUUCUGAAACGGAUGGGAAUGGCCUGCGGGCUGGAGGCUGGGAAGUGUUCCGCUGAGGACCUGAAGAGGGCGCGCAGCUUGGUACCAAAGGCACUGGAACCUUAUGUCACAGAAAUGGCACAGGGAUCUAUAAAUAGCGUGUAUAGCACUGGAGGCUCUUCUUCCAAUGGGGGGCGCUACCACACUGGCAGUGAGAGUGCCGACGGAACCGCCGCCUCCAGCUACAGCGGCUCCCACUACAGCGGCUCCCGCGUGGAGACGCCCGUGUCCUACAUGGAUGACGAUGACGAUGAAGACUAUGACGACAACGAUGAUGAAGAUUAGCCGCCACAUGGUCACAGCUGUGCUGUGUCAUUCUCCCACGCGCACACACCCAAAACAUAUUGUCACAAAAGUGCGUGCGUGUGCGUGCGCGUGCGUGUGUGUGUGCCUGUUGCACUGGAAACCAGAUGCAGCCUUCAGAAACCCAGGUUCCUAAAACCCCACUGCAUGCUUGGAGAUGUGGUCUUUGACUAUAGAAACCUAUCAGUGCUUUGGGGUGGUCACUCUGUUAAUAAAUUUCUAGCUUUGCUUAGAGAAUGGUGGCUGAUGGGAAGUGUAGUCCAUAGUUGGAGUUGGUGCUGUAAUAACCCUCUGCCUUCCAUCUGCACCACUGAUGUCAGCUCUGGUCUGCUGACCUCCACCUCUUCUGAAUGUUUGUGAAUGAAAGAGUCCCUCCAGACUCCUCAUGUUUGAUAAAAGUAGUAAGAUCUGUGUGAAUAAAUCUCUUCUUAUUUUUA